UCCUAACGGGUGUCGCAGGCGCCGGCGCAUCUUCGGACGCAGCGAGCGCGGUGUCGGAAUCGGGAGUUGAAGCUGCAGAUAUUUAGCAUCAUGGACACAGAUCUCUAUGAUGAGUUUGGGAAUUAUAUUGGACCAGAACUAGAUUCUGAUGAAGAUGAUGAUGAAUUGGGUAGAGAAGCCAAAGAUCUUGAUGAGAUGGAUGAUGAUGAUGAUGAUGAUGACAUAGGAGACCAUGAUGAUGAUCACCCUGGGAUGGAGGUGGUGUUGCAUGAGGACAAGAAAUACUACCCAACCGCCGAGGAGGUCUAUGGACCCGAGGUGGAGACGAUCGUGCAGGAAGAAGACACUCAGCCCCUCACGGAGCCAAUUAUUAAACCAGUAAAAACCAAGAAAUUCUCUCUGAUGGAGCAGACCUUACCUGUCACUGUGUAUGAGAUGGAUUUCUUGGCAGACUUGAUGGACAACUCAGAGCUGAUCAGAAAUGUUACCCUUUGUGGACAUCUUCAUCAUGGCAAAACUUGUUUUGUAGAUUGUUUAAUAGAGCAGACUCAUCCGGAAAUCAGAAAGCGCUACGAUCAAGAUCUCUGCUACACAGACAUCCUAUUCACUGAGCAAGAGAGGGGUGUUGGCAUCAAAAGUACUCCAGUAACAGUGGUCCUGCCAGAUACCAAGGGAAAGUCUUACCUCUUCAAUAUCAUGGACACGCCAGGACAUGUGAAUUUUUCUGAUGAAGUAACAGCUGGCUUACGCAUCUCCGAUGGGGUAGUGCUUUUCAUUGACGCAGCUGAGGGGGUGAUGCUGAAUACUGAACGGCUGAUCAAGCACGCGGUGCAGGAGAGGCUGGCCGUCACUGUGUGCAUCAACAAGAUUGACCGGCUGAUUCUAGAGCUAAAGCUUCCCCCAACAGAUGCCUAUUACAAGCUGCGCCACAUUGUGGAUGAAGUCAAUGGAUUAAUCAGCAUGUAUUCCACCGAUGAGAACCUGAUCCUCUCUCCGCUUCUGGGCAAUGUCUGUUUUUCCAGCUCCCAAUACAGCAUCUGUUUCACACUGGGCUCCUUUGCCAAGAUCUAUGCUGACACUUUUGGUGACAUCAAUUACCAAGAAUUUGCCAAGAGGCUAUGGGGUGACAUUUACUUCAAUCCUAAAACGCGGAAGUUUACCAAAAAGGCCCCAACCAGCAGCUCCCAGCGGAGCUUUGUGGAGUUUGUCUUAGAGCCACUUUAUAAGAUCUUAGCUCAGGUUGUGGGAGACGUGGACACCAGCCUCCCAAGGACCCUGGAUGAACUGGGUAUCCACCUGACCAAAGAAGAGCUGAAGCUGAACAUACGCCCUCUCCUUAGGCUGGUCUGCAAAAAGUUCUUUGGGGAGUUCACAGGCUUUGUAGAUAUGUGUGUGCAGCAUAUACCUUCUCCAAAGGUGGGCGCCAAGCCCAAGAUUGAGCAUACUUACACUGGCGGUGUAGACUCAGACCUUGGUGAGGCCAUGAGCGACUGUGAUCCUGACGGGCCUCUGAUGUGCCACACCACCAAAAUGUACAGUACUGAUGAUGGGGUACAGUUCCAUGCCUUUGGGCGAGUGCUGAGUGGCACCAUCCAUGCUGGGCAGCCAGUGAAGGUGCUUGGGGAAAAUUAUACUUUGGAAGAUGAAGAGGAUUCCCAGAUCUGUACUGUGGGCCGGCUGUGGAUUUCUGUUGCCAGGUAUCACAUAGAAGUGAACCGAGUUCCUGCAGGCAACUGGGUUUUGAUUGAGGGUGUGGAUCAGCCCAUUGUGAAGACUGCCACAAUCACUGAGCCCCGAGGCAAUGAGGAGGCUCAGAUCUUCCGGCCUUUAAAGUUCAAUACCACUUCGGUCAUCAAGAUUGCUGUGGAACCAGUUAACCCCUCCGAGCUCCCCAAGAUGCUGGAUGGCCUGCGCAAGGUCAACAAGAGCUACCCGUCCCUCACCACCAAGGUGGAAGAAUCUGGGGAACAUGUGAUCCUGGGCACGGGAGAGCUGUAUCUGGAUUGCGUGAUGCAUGACUUACGGAAGAUGUACUCGGAGAUAGACAUCAAGGUGGCUGACCCAGUUGUCACAUUUUGUGAGACAGUGGUAGAAACGUCUUCCCUCAAGUGUUUUGCUGAAACACCCAAUAAGAAGAACAAGAUCACCAUGAUUGCUGAGCCUCUUGAGAAGGGUCUGGCAGAGGACAUAGAGAAUGAAGUGGUACAGAUCACUUGGAACAGGAAGAAGCUAGGUGAGUUCUUCCAGACAAAGUAUGACUGGGAUUUGCUGGCUGCCCGUUCUAUCUGGGCCUUUGGCCCUGAUGCCACUGGCCCCAACAUCCUAGUGGACGACACUUUGCCCUCAGAGGUGGAUAAAGCUCUGCUGGGCUCAGUGAAGGAUAGCAUUGUCCAAGGUUUCCAGUGGGGCACCAGAGAAGGGCCCCUCUGUGAUGAGCUGAUUCGCAACGUCAAGUUCAAGAUCCUGGAUGCAGUUGUUGCCCAGGAACCCCUGCACCGGGGAGGAGGCCAGAUCAUUCCCACUGCCAGGAGGGUUGUGUAUUCUGCCUUCCUUAUGGCUACCCCUCGUCUAAUGGAGCCCUACUACUUUGUGGAAGUUCAAGCCCCUGCAGACUGUGUCUCUGCAGUCUACACUGUCUUGGCCAGGCGCAGAGGCCAUGUGACACAGGACGCACCUAUCCCAGGCUCUCCACUCUAUACAAUCAAGGCCUUCAUCCCAGCUAUUGACUCAUUUGGUUUUGAAACUGACCUCCGGACCCACACCCAGGGACAAGCCUUCUCUCUGUCUGUUUUCCACCAUUGGCAGAUCGUACCUGGUGACCCACUGGAUAAAAGCAUUGUCAUCCGUCCCCUGGAGCCACAGCCAGCCCCUCACCUGGCCCGGGAGUUCAUGAUCAAGACCCGUCGUAGGAAGGGUCUGAGUGAGGAUGUGAGCAUCAGCAAGUUCUUCGAUGACCCCAUGUUGUUGGAGCUUGCCAAGCAGGAUGUGGUUCUCAACUACCCCAUGUGAGCUGGGGGGAUGCUCCUGGCAGCUCCCGUACUUGGUCCUGGGCAGCGCUUUCUGGACAGCAGAGCCUGGGAGGCACAACUUUGGUGUAUUGGACCAAGUGGCUUUGCCUUUGCAGUUGCUGAUGGCGGGGUAGGGGGAGAAAAGAAAUGGUAUUGAUUUUUUUCAGCAGCCAGUAAACUGUCUCUACAGACUCCCCAGGAAGGGAGGAA